UUAGGAGUUGUCCAGUCAGUGGUGUACCGGACGAAAGAGGACGCGGACGGAUGAGAUAUUGCGUCCGUCGCGGAUUGAUUCGUCGCUCUCCGCGAUGCUUCGCGUCGCUCUGAACGUGAUUUCAUGACCUUCGCUUGCUUGGUGGCAGCGGCCGCGGCCGUCCACGUGCCCGUGACCAAGGUGGCCUACGCGCCCGCCCAGGUCCAGUACGCCGCCGCCCCCGUGCACUACUCCGCCGCCCCCGUCCAGUACGCGUCCGCCCCCGUCCACUACGCCGCCCCCGUCGCCUACUCGCACGCUCCCGUCGCUAAGCUAGCGUACGCCGAGCCCGAGGCCCCCGCUCACUACGACUACGAGUACUCCGUCCAGGACUCGCACACCGGCGACGUGAAGCAGCAGAAGGAGAGCCGCCAGGGAGACGCCGUCCACGGCUCAUACUCGCUGGUGCAGCCCGACGGUGUCCAGCGCAUCGUGGAGUACACCUCCGACAAGGAGCACGGCUUCAACGCCAUCGUCCGCUACGAGGGCCAGCCCAAGGCCUACGUCGCCCCCGCUCAGGUCGCUAAGGUCGCCUACGCGCCCGCCCAGGUCCAGUACGCCGCUGCUCCCGUCCACUACGCCGCUGCCCCCGUCGCUAAGGUCGCUUACGCGCCCGCUCAGGUCCAGUACCACGCCGCUCCCGUCGCCAAGGUCGCCUACGCGCCCGCCCAGGUCCAGUACCACGCUGCCCCGGUCGCUAAGGUCGCCUACGCGCCCGCCCAAGUGCAGUACCACGCCGCGCCCGUCGCCAAGCUCGCCUACGCCGCCGCCCCGGCCCAGGUCUACACCCAGAACCUCGGACACGUCUCCUACUCCUCCCCGUCCGUCUCCUACCACCACUAGAUGCCAUGUUGUUAAUAUUUAAUACCUAUUUAUUAUGUUAAAUAAAAACAUACAGUCAUUUGAAUUAUAAAUA